AUGACUGCCCCACCCUCUCUAGUUGAAAGAAUACGUCGGUCUGAGGACAAGACUUUGAGAAGGCUUGCUCCACUUUCUAUCGGUGCCACUGGCCGACCGCGUGUUCUAAUUCCUGACUCUGUUUUCCAAAAGAGAGCAGAGUUACACAAAGAUUUCAUAAUAUGCUACUUCAAUGGCAAAGCACCACCUUUCAACCAGAUCCAAAGCGUGUUCAAUCACAUGUGGGGGAAAGGAAAGCGCUUAGAAAUUCAUAAUAACCCUCUAAACCACUCCGCAAUUGUAAGGAUCCAAAGUGAGUACCUUAGACAGAAGAUUUUUGACAAGAGCAUUUGGUAUGUGGGCGAUUCAAUGUUCCAUAUAGCUCAGUGGUCGUCAGCUCAUUCCAAAGCUACUCCACUGCUAAAGGCCAUCAAAAUUUGGGCUCAUCUCACAGGUGUUCCCCUAGACCUGCGACAUAAUGAAGGAUUGAGCUUUGUUUCUGGAUUGGUGGGUGGAGGUGGACGUUACAAAACCGCUUUUGAUGUUGUUGACUUCGAAAGGGAAGAUGGUGAGGUAGUGGAGGUCUCUGUACACUACCCUCGGGUACCUCCAAAAUGUACCCACUGUCAAGAGCUCAGUCACAUUACUCGAAACUGCCUCUCCUACACGCCACCUCCAAACGAACCUGAAGGUGCAAAGAAAAAGGCACAUGUCAAUAAAACGGCUCCUGCUCAAAACAAAAAAUAUCGCCCAGUGACUCAAGGCACUAAGGUGAAUCACUCAAAAUCAGCACCAACUAAUGCUGUGAUCUCUGACCCCGCUCCUUCUACCAGAAUCGCAGCUCCACACCCCUCCCCUACCUUACCCUCUCCCACCCCUAUCAAGCAUACUUCUCACCUUACCAAACUAGCCUCAAAGCCAUCCUCCUCUAACCUUUUCCAAACUACUUCACCCAUUCCUAGACCUUCCCUAAAAAGAUCUCAAUCACAUAUCAAACAACCUUCUCUUACCCCUAUUCUUUCAAACCUCUGCCCGAAUUGGCGUUUCACUUCAAACCACUUAUCUGAUCCUGAUGGCAGAAUCAUUCUUAUUUGGAGAGAUUCCCUAAAGGUCCAAGUUCUCUCACAGAGCAGACAAUGCAUUACUUGCAUACUGUCCUUUCCCAACAACCAUCCAGUCUACUACUCAGCUAUCUAUGCGUCUAACUUAAGCUCAGAAAGGGUUGACCUAUGGGCGGAACUCAUUCAGCUUCAAUCAACCUACAAUCUAUAUAGCAGCUGCUGGAUACUAGGAAGAGACUUAAACCAAAUUAUUCAUCCUACAGAGCAUCCAGACCCAAACGUCAACGUACCUGGUUUUCUCAUGUAUCAGUUACGGGAUUGUUUGACUCAGUUGGGACUCUUUGACCUUCGCUAUGUGGGCGCUGCUCAUACUUGGACCAACUCGCAGCCUUCUGGCCCUUACUCCAAGAAAAUGGACAUGCUCAUGGUGAAUAGUAGCUUUGUCUCAACGUUCCCUCAUGCCCUCCCCACUUUCUUACCCCCGGUCUUUUCUGAUCAUGCCCCUUGUGUCCUCGACCUUCCCUUCAGCCUACCUACAGCAGGUUAA